UCAUGAUUCAACCAUCGCACAACCUACUCUCAGGAUUCUAUCCUGAGCGACUCUCUGAGCAACUCGUUCCUGAGACUGGAUCAUGGAGGUCCAUCUAGCAUUUCCCGGGGUCGGCGCAGAUCCUCAACAGGCCCCGCAGCGCCGGCGGAAACGGGCACAGGUGGCCAGGGCGUGUGGUAGCUGUCGACUGCGUCGCAUCAAAUGUGAUAAUAAUGUCCCCUGUUCAAACUGUGUGAUGAAUGGCGCGGAUUGCAGUAAGAAGAGCUCGCCCUCGGCGUUUACCCUCUCGCAGGCGCACCAGGAGAUCGCUUCUUUGAGGCAGAAGGUAGCGGAGCUGGAGGGAGAACUCCCAACUCGCCCCGAGACAAGCAUGAAGAGUGUCUCGUCUGCCUCACUGGACUCGCAUUCCCCCUCGGUGAAACUUCCGCCACCAUCGCAAGAAGCGAGUAUUCCGAUCCAGAAUGCUGGCACCUCCCCCAGGCAAUACUGGGGCGGCGUCCACUUCUGCCCCUCGCGCUCGCCCAACAGUCUCUGGCUGGGACCGUCCUCCUUAUACGCCUUCACCCAGCGACUCAACUCCUUUCUGAACGUCAAGCUCAAUCAAGAGCAUAUUCCACACCAAAUGCUUCCGGCUUCUGCGAGCGACGACAAGCUUCUCGACAGGCCCGCGACAGGGUGUGAUUUUUUUGCUCCGCCAUCCGGAAGUUCAGGCAACGGCGUCUAUCUGAGUCCCCUACAGGAGGAAUACUUUCUCAAUUACUUCUGGCAAGCCUAUCACGCCUCACUCUGCCCCAUCCUAGACGAAGCGCAGUUCAAGCAGCACUACCGGAGUCUCCUGGUCGCCGGUGGCAAGGAGCGCAAACCUUCCGCGCUCGUCGACAUUGUCGUCGCAGCCUGUAUGCAGUACCACAUCUCGACCCUCCCCCUUGGUUCGCAAGGUGUUCUCGUCGAAGGUAAAGACGCCCUCGUCGCGGGGCGCUGGCACUACUGGCGCGGCCAAACAUUACUGACCUACGAACUCGAAAGCCCGUCGAUAUCAACCCUCCAAUGCCACCUGCUCUGUGCAGUCUACCUCUGCGGCGGAUCCUUCCACAACAUGAUGGAUAGCGCCGUGGCGUUGACUGUGCGCACAGCGUACAUCCUCGGUCUGCACCUGGACCCGCCAUCGACCCUCCCAGAAGCAGAGCGUGAAAUGCGCAGGCGGCUCUGGUGGUCCGUGUAUUUCAUGGAUACUCGCGCCGGCAUGAAACUCGGGCGUCCGUUUAUGCUGAGCGAGUCACACGCCAUGCCCGCUCUCCCCAGUGACAGUUUGGACGUUGCAGCAUCAUCGGGGUCGACGUUUGUUCCAGCAGCCGAUGACACGACGUGGCUGAGCUUUAAUCUGCGACAGAUCACUCUGUACAGAACAAUCCGCGCAGCGUACACUGCUUUCUACAACAACGACUUCCACUUACAAGACGGUCAAACGAUCUGGGAUCGCCCGGAUGCGCUCCAGACCGGCGCGGAGAUCCUCGCUCAACAUACCCGGCACCUCGAAGCCUGGUGCGAGACUAUCCCCGACGCGCUCAAGCUGAAACGCCAGGAUCCCAACAGCAGGCCGUUUUCCACCGACGGGGCCCGUGUCGUCUUUGAGCAAUUCGCUCCGCAGUGGCUACAGAGGCAGCGCCUCCUCCUCGAGCAUACGUAUCAUCAUGUCGGCGUCAAUCUCUUUCGACCCAUGAUUUCCUUCUUUCCCAAUCAAGCAGCGAACCACGCACAAAUUUCAGGGACUUCAUUACAAGAGGAACUCGCAACGCGCUGCGCCGCCCACGCCAUUGCCUUGACGAAGCUCACACACCAGGCCCUGGAAGAAACAUCGCUCUUCGACGGGUGGCACGAGGCAUUUUACUCCCAGUGGAACGCCGUCAUGACGCUCAUUGGUUUUGUAAUGGCAUACCCAAACACCAACACGACGGCCUCAUCCGAAGCGAAGAGCGCGAUCCGUCUCGCAAUCGCGGUGUUUGACAAUUUCGGUGUCAAGUUUGCUGUUGCGGCCAGUGCGAGUAAGAUUGUGCAGGGUCUGUGUGCUAAGAUUGAGUUUCUUGCUGCGAAUGACCGUACGUUCUUGGGUGGUAGUACCCAGCCCCCGAAUCUGGGUGAAUAUCCUCUCUAUGGCGGUGAUGCAAUGUCCUGGGAAAAUCUGUCGGUGUACAACAGCAGCAACUCCGGGGGUUCGUAUCCAUCAGACGGAAGCCAUGGACAUUCGGAAUUGGACCUGCUGGAUAUGGCGUUUGACAUUGAUUUUUGGAACAAGGUUGAUAUGCUCUGGCCGGAGGACAUUGAGGUACCUGUUUAGACAUCAAGCACACACAGCGUAAUGACAUGAACUCAACGAUUACUAUCAAGCGUUGCUCCCCAACUCGAAAAUCGUCUAGCCUGUUCUGCAUGGUGGGUAGGAGGAGCACUUGAAGAGGAGAUAUUAGUAUUUCGGGCUCAGCCGUUUACCAGCGCUUAAACUGAUAAGCCACCUCCGGAUUGAAAUC